AUGCGAGGCCCCAUCUGCUUCACCCCCGUCUGCCUCCCCCCCUCCUCCACCACGGUGCUGUUAGGGAGGCGUGAGGCCGGGAGUGUGACCGGCAGCGUGACAGGAACGAGGUCUGCAGGAGGAAGAGGCGGUCGGAUCGCUGCACAAAGAGCAGAGCGGCGACUGCAGCUGUGGGCGUACAGAGCCCCCACCGUACUCCCUGCUCUCCUCGCCGUCCUCCUUGCUUCACCAAAUACCUCCUGCCUCCCCCAUCAUCCUCCCUUCCUCCCCAUCAUCCUCCCUUCCUCCCCCGUCAUCCUCUCUUCCUCCCCCAUCAUCCUCUCUUCCUCCCCAUCAUCCUCCCUUCCUCCCCCGUCAUCCUCUCUUCCUCCCCCAUCAUCCUCUCUUCCUCCCCAUCAUCCUCUCUUCCUCCCCAUCAUCCUCCCUUCCUCCCCCGUCAUCCUCUCUUCCUCCCCAUCAUCCUCCCUUCCUCCCCCGUCAUCCUCCCUUCCUCCCCCAUCAUCCUCUCUUCCUCCCCAUCAUCCUCCCUUCCUCCCCCGUCAUCCUCUCUUCCUCCCCGUCAUCCUCUCUUCCUCCCCUAUCGUCCUCCCUUCCUCCCCAUCAUCCUCCCUUCCUCCCCCGUCAUCCUCCCUUCCUCCCCCAUCAUCCUCUCUCCCGUCAUCCUCUCUU